CAACACAAUUCCAUUCCAGCAUUCCGAAUUAAAAUCAAAGAGUGAGUUAUUUAAUUUGAUUUGCUCGCCGGAAACGCGUUAGAGAUGGACCUCAGUGAUCUCAACAACCUUAAAGACACCGAACUGAGGUUGGGUUUGCCGGGGAGAGACCGCGAAGAACGGGAUCAGUCUCCCCAAGAAUCAAGAAACCAGCAGAAAAAGAGGUCUUUUUCUGACUUGGCCGUUUCAGAGGCAGAGUUUUCUGCGCCUCCCGCUCCCAAGGCGCAAGUCGUGGGGUGGCCGCCGGUUCGCGGCUACCGGAAGAACGUCAUGGCGGAGAAGGAGGCGGCCGCCGGCGGGGGCGGGGUAUACGUGAAAGUGAGCAUGGCCGGAGCUCCGUACCUGAGAAAGAUGGAUCUGAAGGUGUACGGGAGCUACCCGGAUUUGGUGAAGGGUUUGGAGGAGAUGUUCAAGUGCAGUAUUUGCUUGUACGGCGAGAGGGAAGGCGGGUACAUUAACUUCAUUCAGGGCUCCGACGACUACACUCCGACGUACGAGGACAAGGACGGCGACUGGAUGCUCGCCGGCGACGUGCCGUGGGAGAUGUUCGUUAACAACUGCAAGCGGCUCAGAGUCGUUAAGCUCAAGGAUUUGAAGCAAUAGGCUUUUUAUUAUUUGAUCGAUUAUUAAGUGGAGUAAUUUAUUUGAUUUCACACGUCACUUUUUUUUCACUUUCAUUAAAUUAGUAGAGAUUGAUUAUUAGCUUGUGUAGUGUGUAUUUAUUCCCCCAAUUCUUGCAUGAUGUUUAGCAAAAAGAAUAUUGCAAUGGUUUAUUGUAAUCAAAGCAUAGUUUGAGC